GUUGGAAAAAUAGACAGAGUCUAGUUGGAUUGUCAUAUUGUCGUGGUCGUGUACAGCUAAACGAAUAACCGAAUAAUCGUUGAAUGAAAACUGCAUGAUGUUUACUUUUUUUCGAGUGCAAUUUAACUGAAAAGUGAUCCCAAAAAGUCCCAGAAACAGAUAAAUAAAAGAAGCAGUAGCCCGUGGGAGAGUGAAAGAGGUGUGUGCGUGUCUGUCUGUUUGGCUGUGUGUACGUGUGUUUGCGUGUUAGUGUGAGGAGGAGAAACAGAGUGACGUUUACAGCUAUAACAAAAGUUCGGCCCUCCGUUUCGGUUUCGGUCUUCGUCUAAAUUUUGUGUGUGAAACAAGAGCAAAAACCACCUUAAUGGGAGAGGCAUCUAUAGUCUGGAGUUAAUUCGUCUGCCGAUUCCCACAUGGCACUUGCAGGCUGCGUUUCCGAUUCCUAAAUUUGUUGCUGCUGCUGUUUGCUGGUUGUGCACGGCGCGACAGUGACAGCGAUAACAACAAAAGAAGACCAGGCAACCACCCUCCUCCAUCCGCCUCAUCCCUCAAUCAUUCACAUUAGUGGAAAUAGGCAAAAAAAAAAGAGGGGAAGCGAGUAGGAAAGUUGAGAGAGACGUCGACCAGAGACGUAGCGCAUCGCCAAACAGAGGAAAUUGAGCAUCAUGUGUCGUUGCUGUUAGGCCAAAGGAUCGGGAAUCUCGGGAUCAACUGAAAGAUCGCACACGAUCAGAGAUCUAUCUGUCUGUCGCUCCAGUCCCAGCCUUGACUCCUCUGCGAGCAGCUCGUUGUUGCCGUCAGCGCCGCUAUGACCCUGACCGCCACGACAACUGCCUCAACACCGGAGAGCCAAACGAAGAUGGAUGUGAAGGGCACUCCCAACAGCAGCACUCUACCACCGCCCACAGCCGAUGAGAGUCUGCCCACCUCGGAAAUGGAUCUGCUGGCCAAGCUGGAGGCAGCCAACAAGCUGAUCGAGAGCGAUGCCAAGUCCCUCAAUUCGUUGCACUCCACGCACAGUCGCAAGAACUCGGACACGAGUCAGAUAAGCCUCACGUCGAGCGGCAAUUCCGUGGCCGAGGAGGACAUCUGGACAACGUGGGCCACCAUUCUGAACGACUGGGAUGGGGCGCUGAAGCGCAAGAAUCCGUGCGUGCGCGAGCUGGUGCGCCGCGGCAUACCGCACCACUUCCGGGCGAUCGUGUGGCAACAGCUGAGCACGGCGUCGGAGGCGGACAAGAAGCAGUACGCGGAGUACAUCAAGGCGACGAGUGCCUGCGAGAAGGUGAUACGCCGCGACAUUGCACGCACCUAUCCCGAGGUGGACUUCUUCAAGGAGAAGGACGGGCCCGGCCAGGAGGCACUGUUCAAUGUGAUCAAGGCCUACUCGCUGCACGAUCGCGAGGUGGGCUACUGCCAGGGCUCCGGCUUCAUAGUCGGCCUGCUGCUGAUGCAGAUGCCCGAGGAGGAGGCGUUCGCGGUGCUCGUGCAGAUCAUGCAACAGCAUCGCAUGCGGCACAUGUUCAAGCCGUCGAUGUCCGAGCUGGGCCUGUGCAUGUACCAGCUGGAGAAUCUCGUCCAGGAGCAGAUACCCGACAUGCACAUACACUUCCAGCAGCAGGGCUUCCAGACAACGAUGUACGCCUCCAGUUGGUUCCUCACCCUCUACACGACCACGCUGAACGUGAACCUCAGCUGCCGCAUCAUGGACGUCUUCCUCAGCGAGGGCAUGGAGUUCAUCUUCAAGGUGGCCCUGGCCCUCCUCCUCACCGGCAAGGAGACGCUCCUCUGCCUGGACAUGGAGGCCAUGCUCAAGUUCUUCCAGAAGGAGCUGCCCGGCCGUGUGGAGGCCGACCCGGAGGGUUUCUUCAAUCUCGCGUACGCCCAGAAGCUGAACACAAAGCGCAUGAAGAAGAUGGAGAAGGAGUAUCAGGACCUGAAGAAGAAAGAGCAGGAGGAGAUGGUCGAACUGCGGCGGUUGCGUCGCGAGAACUGUCUGCUGAAGCAGCGCAAUGAUUUGCUUGAGGCUGAGAGUGCAGAGCUGGCCGAUCGCCUGGUGCGGGGUCAGGUCUCACGGGCCGAAGAGGAGGAAACAAGCUAUGCCAUUCAAACGGAACUGAUGCAGCUGAGACGCUCCUAUCUGGAGGUCUCGCACCAGCUGGAGAAUGCCAACGAAGAGGUUCGUGGUCUCAGUCUUCGGCUGCAGGAGAAUAAUGUAUCCAUCGACAGCAACAACUCUCGGCAGUCGUCGAUCGAUGAGCUGUGCAUGAAGGAAGAGGCACUGAAGCAGCGCGACGAGAUGGUCUCCUGUCUGCUGGAGGAGCUGGUGAAGGUGCGCCAGGGUCUGGCCGAGAGCGAGGACCAGAUCAGGAAUCUAAAGUCAAAGGUCGAGGAGCUGGAGGAGGACAAGAAGACACUGCGCGAGACAACGCCGGACAAUUCGGUGGCGCAUCUGCAGGACGAACUGAUUGCCAGCAAGCUGCGCGAGGCGGAGGCCUCGCUCUCCCUCAAGGAUCUCAAGCAGCGGGUUCAGGAGCUCAGCUCUCAGUGGCAGCGCCAGCUGGCCGAGAAUCAGCGCAGCGAGAGCGAGCGGAACACCCAAGCUCUGGACUCGACGCCCAAGAAGCUGUUGACCAACUUCUUUGAGGGCUCCAAGUCCAGCGAGCUAACGCAGAAGCUCGAGGAGGAGCUGAUGACGACACGGAUACGGGAGAUGGAGACCCUCACCGAGCUGAAGGAGCUGCGCCUCAAGGUCAUGGAGCUGGAGACCCAGGUGCAGGUGUCCACAAACCAGCUGCGACGCCAGGACGAAGAGCAAAAGAAGCUCAAGGAAGAGCUCGAGAUGGCCGUUACUCGGGAGAAGGACAUGGCCAACAAGGCGCGCGAACAGCAGCACAGAUACUCGGAUCUGGAAUCUCGUAUGAAGGAUGAACUGAUGAAUGUGAAGAUCAAAUUCACGGAACAGAGCCAAACGGUGGCCGAACUGAAACAGGAAAUAUCCCGACUGGAGACCAAGAACUCGGAAAUGCUGGCCGAGGGCGAACUGCGUGCCAAUUUGGAUGAAUCGGAUAAGGUGCGCGACCUGCAGGACAGGCUGGCCGACAUGAAGGCGGAGUUGACGGCGGUGAAGAGUCGCGGCAAAUUUCCGAGCACAAAGCUACGUAGUGCAUCGAUCCAAUCGAUUGAAUCGACAGAGAUGGACUUCAGCGAACUCAAUAUGGUGCGGCGUGGUAGCACGGAGCUGUCGACAUAACCAAAAAACAAAUCAGCCACACGACAACAUUCACAACAUCAGCCACAAGAAGGGAAGGAAAUAUCAGGGGCAGUACAGGAUACACUUCUCUCCCAGCCAUAUACAUUUACUGCUAUAUGUGUUGAGAGAGAGAGAGAGAGAGAGGAAGAGAGCGAAGCACAAGCCGAUCUAAAAUAUAUAAAACAAUAUUUAUAUAUGCUAUACACAUGCCUGUGAUCACAAAGCAGAAGCGGAAGGAGCAGAAUCGGGCAUCGGGAAGAAGAAAGUGGAGAUAUUGGUUAAGAUUACAGCAUGAUGGAAGAGUAACUUCAAAAGUAGUUGCAAUCAAAGCCACACAUAUUAUUUAUGUAUAAUAUUCGUUUAAAUUUUAUAAUGAUAAGAAUACCCAUAUUAUGAUUAUUUGUAAUAUUUUUUUUUUUUUAUUUUAAAUUCUAUUGCUGUUAUGUUUUAUUAUCCCCAAACACAAACACACACACUCUCAUAUUUAUUUAUUGAAAAUCCCAAUCAAAACGAUUUAUAUAUAACACUUUUGUACAUUGAUCCCAGAGAAAACGAGAGGGAGUCUCCUCUAGAUAUACUAGCAGAGCAUUUUUAUGUAAUCCUCCCCCAUUCCUAAACAUAAAUUAAAAUGUAAGUUUUAAGCGAAA